AUGCCGUUAAUCAGAAAUCCCAUCCUCCCGGGGUUCAACGCGGAUCCGUCAAUCCUUCGAGUUGGCAAAGACUACUACAUCGCAACCUCGACAUUCGAAUGGUUUCCUGGUGUACAAAUUCAUCACUCCACAGAUCUCGCAAAUUGGGAUCUGAUAGUCCGUCCGCUGAGCCGGAAAAGCCAACUAGACAUGCGUGGCAACCCAGACAGUUGUGGGGUUUGGGCACCCUGUCUUACGCAUGACGGCGACAAGUUUUGGCUGGUGUAUACAGAUGUAAAGCGCAAAGACGGCUCCUUCAAAGAUACGCAUAACUAUAUUGUAACCUCACACACAAUAGAAGGUCCCUGGUCUGAUCCUAUUUAUGCGAACUCUUCCGGAUUCGAUCCAUCACUAUUCCAUGACGACAAUGGCAAAAAGUGGUUUAUCAACAUGCUUCAAGACCAUCGUCGUCGUCCAAGGUACUUUGCAGGGAUUAUACUCCAAGAGUUUGACCCAAAACAAGGCAAGCUUGUAGGCCCGAAGAAGAACAUCUUCCGCGGGACGGAUCUAGACCUUGUCGAAGGCCCGCAUCUGUACAAGAGGAACGGAUGGUACCACCUAUUGACAGCCGAAGGUGGUACUGGUUAUCAACACGCGUGUACUCUCGCCCGCGCCCGCGAUAUAUGGGGUCCUUAUGAGGUGCAUCCGCAAAAGCACAUCUUGACCUCCAAAGAUACACCGUUCGUGGCGCUUCAACGAGCAGGGCAUGGAGAUAUCGUCGAUAUACCAGACGGUAAGACAUAUUUAGUUCACCUGACCGGCCGCCCAACGACACAAGACCGUCGAUGUGUUCUUGGUCGCGAGACGGCUAUUCAAGAAGCGUACUGGGAGGACGAUUGGCUUUACAUCAAGAAUGGUCCCGUCCCGUCCCUCCAUGUCGAGGUUCCAGGAGUGCAAGACGAUGCAAAAUACUGGGCUGAGCAACGAUACACCUUUGAGAGAGGCUUACACAAAGACUUUCAAUGGUUACGCACCCCGGAACCAGAACGCAUCUUCACUGCCUCUCAAAAGGGCCUCACGCUUUUCGGCCGUGAGUCCAUCGGUUCCUGGUUCGAGCAGUCACUUGUAGCGAGACGACAAACGCACUUCUCAUACGAUGCCGAGACAGUUAUAAAUUUCUCUCCCACGGACGAAAGGCAGUUCGCUGGUCUGACAGCCUAUUAUUGUCGCUUCAACUUUUUCUACUUGACCGUCACAGCUCACUCAGACGGGCAACGCGAACUGCUAAUCCUGACGUCCGAAGCAUCCUGGCCGUCAGGGGCACUCAACUUCCCCCUCUCAGAACCAGUUCAAAUUCCUAAUGAAGGGAAAGUCAAACUCGCCCUGUCCAUUCGGGGUCCUGAGCUGAAGUUCUAUUAUGCUCUUGAAGGGCAAGAGUCUAAGCAGAUAGGUGGGGUUUUUGAUGCUAGUAUUGUUUCUGAUGAGUGUGGGGGACAUCAAGCGCACGGGAGUUUUACUGGUGCAUUUGUAGGGGUUGCGUGCUCGGAUUUGAAUGGCACCGCGAUGGAGGCGACGUUUGAUCACUUUGUUUAUCGGCCUGUGAAGCAUAAGACCGAUCGAUAUGAGAUCUAA